AUGUUAGCCAUGGAUGUAGCACUUUCUCCCAUGAGAACACAAGAACUGGAUCCCAUGCCAACUGCUGCAUCUCCCAUGCUUAUAAACAUGACUCCUACAGUGGAACGAGAUGGGGAAGAGGAUGUCAUGAAGGAGCUUGAUUCUGGCCAGCAAUAUGAAAAGCCUCCUCCUCUACACACUGGGGCCGAUUGGAAGAUUGUUCUCCACUUGCCAGAAAUUGAGACCUGGCUUCGGAUGACGUCUGAAAGAGUCAGGGAUCUGACCUACUCUGUCCAGCAGGACUCAGAUAGCAAGCAUGUGGAUGUGCAUCUAGUACAGCUGAAGGAUAUUUGUGAAGAUAUAUCUGAUCAUGUUGAACAAAUUCAUGCUCUACUAGAGACUGAGUUUUCCCUGAAGCUUCUGUCUUACUCUGUCAACGUGAUAGUCGAUAUCCAUACAGUACAACUACUCUGGCACCAGCUACGUGUUUCUGUUCUGGUUCUGAGAGAGCGUAUUCUCCAGGGACUACAAGACGCCAAUGGAAACUACACCAGGCAGACUGAUAUUCUGCAAGCAUUUUCUGAAGAGACUAAGGAGGACCGUCUUGACUCUUUAACCGAAAUUGAUGAUUCUGGACAGUUAACUAUCAAAUGUUCUCAAAAUUACUUGUCACUGGAUUGUGGUAUUACUGCAUUUGAACUAUCUGACUACAGUCCUAGUGAGGAUUUGCUUGGUGCUCUGGAUGAUAUGACCUCCAGCCAAGGGAAAGCAAAAUCAUUUGAAUCCUGGAACUACAGUGAGAUGGAUAAGGACUUUCCAGGACUUAUCAGAAGUGUGGGUUUACUUGCAGUAGCAACUGAUUCCAUUGCUUCCCAGUGUAAUGAAGCAUUAAAUGAGAAAGAAACCCAUGUACCUCUUUCAGCAGAAGAUGGAGAAGAAAGCAAAGACAGGGAAGCACCACAUGAGCUCUCGCUAUCUCCUUCUGCGAACUCCUCUCUUUCUAAAGGACCUUGUUCUGAAGAUGGUGUUUUACCUGCUGACAGCAAACCAGUUUCCACAUUAAAGAAAUCAGAAUGCAAUCUUCCACAGCACACCAGUGAAAAAAUCAAACACACUCACUGUGAAAACUCAACACCUAAGAGAUCCAUAAGAGACUGCUUUAACUAUAAUGAAGACUCUCCUACGCAGCCUACUUUGCCAAAAAGAGGUCUAUUUCUGAAAGACGAUGUGUUUAAAGAUUAUAUGGAAGCCAAUGAUUUAAAAAGGCAAAUCUCUCAGAUAGUUAAAAAUGAAAUGAGUAGAAGUACACCCUCAUUGUUAGAUCCACCAGACAGGUCCAAGCUUUGCCUAGCUUUACAGUCACCCUACACUAACAGUCCAUCUGCAGUUAGUCAGUCAUACGAUUGCUUAAAUACAAUAGGUGACAGAAAUCUAGAGUACACAAUAAAUAAUCACUUUAAGGAUAGUCCCAUAAGUCUAGGGAAGUCUACUUUCUACACCUGUAAAGAAAAAUCAAAGCACAAGAAGUCUCAUGAUGCUCCAGAGAAAGUGAAAGCUGGCAGAACACCUGGAGGUAUGUGUAAAACGGCUCCACCAAUACAAGUCAAAAAAAGAGGACGUUCUUCUCUACAAAAUGGAAUUACUUCUCAUAACUCUCAGUCUCUGGAAGAGACGGAAACAGAUUCUUCUGCAUCAUCAGAUUCUUGUAACCAGAGAGACCCAAAUGGGCAAUCACACGGUAAAACUGAGCCUUUUAGUUCACCAACACGUAGCCAAAAGAAUGCUUCCUCAGCUGGUUCUGAGCUUACCAACUCAUCACCUCUUCUACUGAGAAGAAAGAAUAAUAAAAGCUUCUCCUCAACACCAAGCUAUACUCAAAAAAAAAGUGAUGGUGAGGUCUGGUAUGGAUCUGAUGAAUAUUUAGCACUUCCUUCACAUCUCAAACAGACUGAAGUAUUAGCUUUAAAACUAGAAAAUUUGACAAAGUUGCUGCCCCAAAAGCCCAGAAGAGAAACCAUUCAAAACAUUGAUGACUGGGAGCUGUCAGAAAUGAACUCAGAUUCAGAAAUGUAUCCAACGUACCAGACAAAAAAGCACAAAAAAAUGGGUAGAAUUUCACCAAGCUCUUCAAGUGAUAUAGUAUCCUCCUUAGGUGACAGUAUUGAAUCUGGGCCUCUCAGUGAUAUUCUCUCUGAUGAAGAUCUUUGUAUGCCUGUAUCUUGCAUUAAAAAGUACAUCGAAGAAAAGUCAGAAAGGACUGCUGUCACUCAGCCCACUGAGAAUGAGACUUCUGCCUCAAAUAAAUCAGCUUUAAUUCAUCAACUGAUGCAAGACAUACAACAUCAAGAGAAUUAUGAAACCAUAUGGGAAAAAAUUGAGGGGUUUGUAAGCAAGCUGGAUGAAUUCAUUCACUGGUUAAAUGAAGCCAUGGAAACAACAGAGAAUUGGACUCCUCCUAAAGCAGAGACAGACAGCCUUAAACUGUACCUGGAGACACACUUGAGUUUUAAGUUGAAUGUAGAUAGCCACUGUGCUUUAAAAGAAGCAGUGGUAGAAGAAGGACGUCAACUUCUUGAGCUUAUUGUAUCUCACAAAUCAGGACUGAAGGACAUGCUGCAGAUGAUUGCAAGUCAAUGGAAGGAACUACAGAGACAAAUCAAACGGCAACACAGCUGGAUUCUUAGGGCUCUGGAUAUCAUCAAAGCAGAGAUACUGGCUACUGAUGUGUCUGCAGAGAAUGAGGAAGGGACUGGGAGCCCUAAGGCUGAGGUUCAGCUAUGCUAUCUGGAAGCACAAAGAGAUGCUGUUGAACAGAUGUCCUUAAAGCUGUACAGUGAGCAGUACAACAGUAGUAGCAAGCGAAAGGAAGAGUUUGCUGAUAUGUCAAAAGUUCACACAGUGGGAAGUAAUGGCCUUUUGGACUUUGAUUCAGAAUACCAGGAGCUCUGGGAUUGGCUGAUUGACAUGGAAUCCAUUGUGAUGGACAGCCAUGACCUGAUGAUGUCAGAGGAGCAGCAGCAGCAUCUUUACAAGAGAUACAAUGUAGAAAUGUCAAUCAGGCACCCAAAAAAGAUGGAACUGCUUAGUAAGGUUGAAGCUCUGAAGAAAAGUGGUGUUUUACUACCAAAUGAUCUCCUUGAAAAAGUGGAUUCAAUUAAUGAAAAAUGGGAACUGCUUGGGAAAACCCUAGGAGAGAAGAUCCAAGACACAAUGGUAGGGCACAGUGGGUUAGGUCCACGUGACCUGCUCUCGCCUGAAAGCGGCAGCCUGGUAAGGCAGCUGGAGGUCAGGAUCAAAGAGCUGAAAGGGUGGCUGAGAGAUACAGAGCUUUUCAUCUUCAAUUCCUGUCUGAGACAAGAAAAUGAAGGAACAAUGAAUGCUGAGAAACAACUGCAAUAUUUUAAGUCUCUAUGCUGUGAGAUCAAACAGAGACGUCGUGGGGUAGCCUCUGUGCUGCGAUUAUGCCAGCACCUCCUGGAUGACCAGGAGACCUGCAACCUAAAUGCAGAUCACCAGUCCAUGCAGUUGAUAAUUGUAAACCUUGAGAGGAGGUGGGAAGCCAUUGUCAUGCAAGCUGUCCAGUGGCAAACAAGGCUACAGAAGAGGUUGGAAAAAGACUCGGAGCCUCUGAACGUUAUUGAUCCCAGUUUGAUGGAUCUAAAUGGUCCAAGUGAAGAUGCACUAGAAUGGGAUGAAACUGACAUAAGUAAUAAGCUGAUCAGUAUUCAUGAAGACUUAAGUGAUCCUGAUCAGGAACUCAAGAAGGAUGAUCUAAGCCAGAAACCUGCUUCGGGAGAAAGUGGUGAUAACGAUGUGAAUGAAGACGAAAGUAUCAGUGAACGUGGAAGUCCUCUUUAUUGUCCCAGCAUUACUUCCCCUCCAAAUCCUCACAUCUAUCAGGUCUAUAGUCUUCAUAAUAUUGAAUUAUCAGAAAAAAAACACAUGCCUUUUUUGAAAAAAACAUCCAAACUCUCCAGUGUAACACAGUCUAAUAUUUUAAACAAAAGUCUUAGUAAAGACUCAUCAUUUUCAUCUACCAAAUCCCUGCCAGACCUAAUAGGGGGGACCACACUGGCAAAACCAUAUAACUAUAUGUAUCAGAGUGGAAACAUAAGCAGGCAUUCUGAGAGUGAGAGUGGGAUAGUGAGUGAAUGUGACACAGAAACUACAAAUAAUUCAGAAAUUUUUUUGCUAAAUGAUAUUGAAAGCACCCAGAGUAAUCCUGAAAUUGGGCAUGCAGAAACUCAAGUGGAUGACAUAGUCGGUGUAAUAAAACAAAAACUAAAACAAGAUGAAGAAGAACAUGCUAAUCUCUCAGGCGAUUUCCAGUUGGCACCUUCCGCGUGUUGUGGAAGUGAAAAUGAUGAGGAUUUGGACAGCAUUACCAUGGGUAACCCUGUUUGUCUAGAAGAAUUGCAAGGAAAACAUGACGUGUUUACAUUUUAUGAUUACUCAUAUCUUCAAGGCUCCAAAUUCAAAUUACCAGUGUUAAUGAAACAAUCACAAAUUGAAAAAACGCAUACAGAGGGCAGUUUGUUUCAUGGGUUUUGUUUUGAUAAAAUACCUGGCAAAUCUGAACAUAAGCCUGGAGAGUCACAACCAGAUGCGUUUAUUCAUGAGCAUACUCUGGCAAGUAUCCCUGGAGAAUCAGUUCCCAAUUCCUGUAAAUCUGCAGAUGCUGUAAGAAAAUUAACUGUUACAGAGAAUACAAGACAGGUUUCAACUUUGUCUCGUAGUUCUUCAUUAGAAUCUCUGUCUGUAGUAGGUGAUUUGUUCAGCUCAGGUAUUUUUAAAAGUGGAGACGGUCUUCAGCGAAGCACCUCUUUGGAGAGCUGGCUGACUUCCUGCAAAAGCAAUGAAGAUCUUUUUAGUCAUCAUGGCUCAGGAGACAUAAGUGCAAGCAGUGAUUCUGUUGGAGAGCUCAGCAAAAGGACAUUAGAUCUCUUGAAUCGCUUAGAGAAUAUCCAGAGUCCUUUAGAUCAAAAGAUAAAGCGCAGCAUCUCUGAUAUAACACUCCAAAGUAGCUCCCAAAAAAUGUCUUUUACUGGACAGCUGUCUCUAGAUAUUGCAUCCUCAAUCAACGAAGACUCAGCAGCUUCUCUUACUGAACUCAGCAGCAGUGAGGAUCUUUCUCUCUGCUCUGAAGACAUUGUACUGCACAGAAAUAAAAUACCAGAUUCAAAUGCAUCAUUUAGAAAACAUCUUAAUAGAUCUGUAGCUGAUGAAAGCGAUGUCAAUGUCAGCAUGAUUGUUAAUGUCUCCUGCACUUCUGCUUGUACUGAUGAUGAAGAUGACAGUGAUUUGCUUUCAAGUUCCACCCUUACUUUAACUGAGGAAGAGCUAGGUAUCAAAGAUGAAGAUGAUGACUCCAGUAUAGCAACUGAUGAGGAUAUUUAUGAAGAAUGCAAUUUAAUUUCAGGACUUGAUUAUAUAAAAAAUGAACUCCAAACUUGGAUUAGACCAAAAUUUUCUUUGACAAGGGAGAAGAGAAAAAGUAACCUCAGUGAUGAAAUUCAGCACAGUAAAGAAGUUAGUAACGAGACAUCGAAAGGCACAGAUACACUAAGCAUUGAAACACUAUUGAAUGGUUCAGUACAGAAGAUAUCAGAAAAUAAUGGCAAUAGUAAGAAUGUACCACGUGAUCGUGAAAAAGGGACAAAGAGUCACCUGAUGAAAGAUAUCUCUCAGGCUGUGAAGGAUCAGCUUGUGGAUGAUAUGGAGAAUGGCAAUGUUGAAAACACUCUUGGCAGUCAAAAGGAAGGUCUUGUUAGAACAUCAGCAACUCUCAAAACUCAUGCAUCACUUGAUGUCAGAGAAGCUGAAAAUGAAUGUUGUGUCUAUGAAGCAUUUACAGACAGUUCAGAUGAUUCACAUAUGGAUGGCAAGGAGACCGUUCUGUCAUCAGAUGGAUCCAGAAACCCUCCAAAAGAAUGUCAAAGCCAUCUUCAGCCUGAUUGUCACUCUGUUGCUUCCUCUCCUGCUAAAAAGCCAUGUCUUGAAUCUUCCUCAGAAAUGAAUUCUGUAGACAUUCAAGAUACAGCUUUACAAACAUCCUUACCUAAUGGUCAACAACAUGGAAUAAGCAUUACUGAAAAAUCUACUGAUUGCUGUACAGCCUUGAAAUCCAAUGAAGCAGAAUGCGACUCCUCAGCCAAUGGUCUUGAGUCAUGCUGUAACUGUGAACCUGUUGCUUUUGAUAAAAAAAACAUAGAAGAUGGCUCGGUACACAAUUUUGUGAGGGAGAUAAUAGACAUGGCAUCGACAGCUUUGAAAAGUAAGUCACAACCUGAAUGUGAGUCCUCUGCUCCAGCUUCAUUAGCACAGAUCAAGGAAAAAGUAUUAGAACACUCUCACAGACCCAUUCAGCUAAGAAAAGGGGACUUCUAUUCUUAUCUUUCACUUUCUUCUCAUGACAGUGACUGUGGAGAGGUAAUCAAAUACAUAGAGGAAAAGAGCAGCACUCCUGUGCCACUGGACUUCACAGAUGAGAGAGAAAAUAUUGAAUGCUUUUUUGAAGCCUGUCCUGAGGAAGAACGGGUUGAGCAGCAGCAAUCCAUUUCCAAUGGUACUCCCGAAGCACGAGUUGAGCAGCAGCAACCUAUUUCUAACACUAUUUCUGAAACAUCUCCAGAGUCAGUAGAAGUGACUCUAGAGUCAUUAGAAGAAGUUAAAACUUCAUCUGAAGACGAGCAAACUGAAGGUUUGGAAAAGAAUUCUCCAGGGCUUAGCACUAAAAAGAGUAGUACAGGAAAAUCACCUGGAACUGAAGAGCCCAAAGGAUGUGUUGCUGCUUCUGAAGAGGCUUCAGCUAUAGAGUUUCAGUUAAAGCCUGGCCAUUCACAGAAACAGGAUGUUGUGCAUCAGAACAGUAAAACUCUUACUUGUGAAGAAAAUCUCCUGAAUCUUCAUAAGGAAAGACAUAUAAAUAUGCACAGAUAAAAUGUAACCCUCUCCAGGCACGUACAUUAUCCUAAAAACAGAAACUUGGCUGCAAUUCAGGUGCAGGUUCAUCCUGUAAACCCUGGGAUGACCUCCAAUUCCAUUGUAUCACUGCCUUUCAUUACACUGACUCCCAAGAUAAAUUUUCUUUCCAAAUGUGAUUUGUCCACGUUGGCUUUGUGAUCAGGCUGCAUAUGCUAGUCCUAUUUCAGUGAUCAUUUUGUAUUGUAGCAAGGCCAUUUGCUUUCAUAGGGAUUCCUCUCCCAAGCUACCUCUAAUGACCUCCCCUUCCUAAAUUGGAUGCUCCUAUACUAAUCACUGGUUCUGUUCUUUAAAGUUUUGAAGUUCCAAGAAUUCAUGAUCAGUCUGCUUCAUCUUUUCAGAACUGUACCUGUCAGUACUCUUCUAUUUUAUGUAUCAAAUUUAAUAUUUAUGUGUAUAAUGCAUAAGUUUAUUGAAACUAUUUUACUUUUAAAGUGACAAUUUUGUUGGAUUGCAGCAAAAAGAAGUCAUUAGCCCUCCUGAUUCAGUACAUCUAAAAAUUAAGCAAUUAAAAUA